GCGUGUGUGUGUGUGUGCGCGCGCGUGUGUGUGUGCGUGCGGGUCCGGCGCGCGCGUGCGUGCGUCUCCACCGACCGCGCGUACAAAAAAGGCGUGAUGGAUGAAGGUGAGGAUGGUGAAGAAGACCACGGGGGGAUGAAGAGUGUAUCAGGAGGGGGGGCGGCGGCGAGCAGGACCCCCAGUAGCGUCGAGCUCGAGCAAGGAAACGUCGAGUCUCGCGCGGCGGCGGCGGACGCGCCCGUUUCCUCUGGUGUGUCGCGCGGUAAAGCUGAGCGGGACUCGGGCGGGGAGGAGGCCGGCAUGAGGCGCGUGCUGAACGGAGACUGCCGGAGAGACCCCCCCUCCUCCGUCUCCUCCACCACACAACAGCAGCAGCAGCCGCCGCACGCGCCUGACCACGACCUCCACGCGCACCAGGACAUGGAUGGCGCCUCUGAACUCGCGCCCAACACCACCCCCUCCACCCCCGCGAGCGCUCCGGACCGGAGGGACCCGCGCGUGUCCUUCUCCACCGCGCCCGGACCCACCAAGACGCCCGAGGACGCGCAGCUCGCGGGGGACGAUGGAGAGGCGCGCGACGCUCAGACCUUCAUGCAGCGACAGUUUAGCUCGAUGCUGCAACCAGGGGUCAACAAGUUCUCACUGCGUAUGUUCGGCAGCCAGAAGGCGGUGGAGAAGGAGCAGGAGCGCGUGAAGAGCGCGGGAAACUGGAUCAUCCACCCAUACAGCGACUUCAGGUUCUACUGGGACUUCACAAUGCUAAUGUUUAUGGUGGGCAAUCUAAUCAUCAUUCCUGUGGGCAUCACCUUCUUCAAAGACGAGACCACCACGCCCUGGAUUAUCUUCAACGUGGUGUCGGACACAUUCUUCCUCAUGGACCUGGUGCUCAACUUCCGCACGGGCAUUGUCUAUGAGGACAAUACAGAGAUCAUUCUGGAUCCAAAACAGAUCAAAAAGAAGUACCUGCGGACCUGGUUUGUGGUGGACUUCAUCUCAUCCAUCCCAGUGGAUUAUAUUUUUCUCAUUGUGGAGAAAGGGAUCGACUCGGAGGUUUACAAGACGGCGAGGGCUCUGCGCAUCGUCCGCUUCACCAAAAUCCUCAGUCUGCUCAGACUUCUCAGACUGUCCAGACUGAUCCGCUACAUCCACCAGUGGGAGGAGAUCUUUCAUAUGACAUAUGACCUGGCCAGUGCGGUGAUGAGGAUCAUUAACCUGAUCGGGAUGAUGCUGCUGCUGUGUCACUGGGACGGCUGCCUGCAGUUCCUGGUGCCCAUGCUGCAGGACUUCCCCUCCGACUGCUGGGUGUCCCUCAACAAGAUGGUGAAUGACUCGUGGAGUGAGUUGUACUCCUUUGCCCUGUUCAAGGCCAUGAGCCAUAUGCUGUGUAUCGGGUACGGACGCCAGGCCCCGGAGAGCAUGUCUGAUAUCUGGCUCACUAUGCUCAGCAUGAUCGUAGGAGCCACCUGUUACGCCAUGUUCAUCGGCCAUGCCACCGCCCUCAUCCAAUCCCUGGACUCCUCACGCCGCCAGUACCAGGAAAAGUAUAAACAAGUGGAACAGUACAUGUCCUUUCACAAACUUCCAGCAGACUUUCGGCAGAAGAUUCACGAUUACUACGAGCACAGGUAUCAGGGCAAGAUGUUUGAUGAGGAGAGUAUUUUGGAGGAGCUGAACGAGCCACUGAGAGAGGAAAUUGUCAACUUCAACUGUCGCAAGUUGGUCGCCUCCAUGCCACUGUUCGCAAAUGCUGAUCCCAACUUUGUGACGGCCAUGUUGACAAAACUUCGAUUUGAGGUCUUCCAGCCACUGGAUUACAUCAUUCGCGAGGGAACCAUUGGCAAGAAGAUGUACUUCAUCCAGCAUGGUGUUGUGAGCGUCCUUACCAAAGGCAGCAUAGGCAUGAAGCUAUCUGAUGGAUCUUACUUUGGAGAGAUCUGCCUGUUGACCCGUGGGAGGCGUACAGCCAGCGUUCGAGCAGACACCUACUGUCGCCUCUACUCACUGUCUGUGGACAACUUCAAUGAAGUCUUGGAGGAGUAUCCUAUGAUGAGGAGAGCCUUUGAGACGGUGGCCAUUGACAGACUGGACCGGUUAGGCAAGAAGAACUCCAUCCUGAUGCACAAAGUCCAGCACGACCUAAACUCUGGAGUCUUCAACAACCACGAGAACGAGUUGAUUCAGGAGAUUGUAAAGUACGACAGAGAGAUGGUAAAGCUGGUGGACCUCCAGAGGCCCCGCGCCAUGUCCACUACUCUCUCCACCCACGGGACCAUGUUCCCUUCUUCCAGCCAGCCUCCUACCAGCUCUGCCAUUGCCUCCCUCCAGCAGGCUGUGGCCAUGAACUUCUGCCCCCAGAUGGCCAAUCCUCUGCAAGGUCACAGCGCUCUCCAGUCCCCUCGUAUGGUGCGACGCUUCCAGGUAGUCCAGAGUCUCUCCAGUCCAGGGACCCAGCAGACCCCUCCAGGCUCCCAGUUUACUGCUGGAGCUCUCGUUUCUGCCCUUGCUGCUGGCACGCCCAUUCAGAGCCCCUUGGCAACAGCCGGACGAACAUUCCAGUACAGUUCCAGCCCCAUGGGUGCCCUCUCAGGGUCCCAGCUGUCUUUGGUGCAGCAACAUGUCCCCAGCCCUACACAUCGAGCAGUCGGGCCCAGGAGCACAAUAACGCAGGACGCCCGGGCCCUCUCAGCAUCCCAACCGUCUCUGCCCCACGACGGGGUGCAGCCGGCCGCCCCCAGUCCGCCCCAGUCCACCAGAGUAUCUUCCACUUCUAUCGGACCUCCUCAGAACCUCUCGGGACCCUCUGGCUUUCGAGCCGCCAUCCCUCCCAGAAUGACUCUCCCACAUCAGAUGUCAGUAGGAGCGUUCCCACCCGCUUCCCUUCCCCAAAUGAGGCCGAGCCACGGCCCGGGACUGCCCAAGAAGGAUUCAGUAAUCAGCCUUCCGGACACAGACUUUCACAUCAGAUCUAGAUUAUCUUCCAAUUUGUGACCUUGUGACAGAGUUGGGGGGUGCUGGGUAUUCUUCCAUUAGUAAGUACGUUUCCCCACUCCUUGCCACUCUUUGGGUCUUAGUCUAAGAAUGUAAACAGUGUGACAUAAGUGACAAAAAGGGGCGGAGUGACUAGAACUACCCAACUUGACAAAUAUUAACCAUAAAAGUCUGUAAAACGAAAGAUUCCAACAUCACUUGAUAUUUCUGUUCUACCCACGAGCAUAAACAUCAACGUAGCUUCCUCCCACACAGUUUGCCUCUCUUUGUAAUCCUUAUUUAUUGUGGUUGUACUCAAACUUUGUAUAAAAGAAAAAAAACUGCUCCCUCUCUUCUACUCUAGUCCAAAUGAUGCAAUGUAAACUGGGCUGGAACGCAGGGGGGAUAAAAGUAACGUGCUUCUAUUUACAAUACAGGAGCGAGAACUGUUUGCGAAAGUGUUUAAUGAUGCAAUGUAGCGGGAGUUUUUUGUGAGUUUAACAGGGUUGGUUAGACAACAGCCUUUUCAGCAAUAUUAAAACUGCUAUCCACCUUAUUUUCCAUUACAACCAUCUUUGUUUACUUUGUGUUAAAACUUCCGGUGAGACAAAGGAUCCGUUGAUGUAGAUUACAUCCACAGCAAUAAUAAUAAUACAGAAUGAGUAAAUAUAACUGGAUAAAGCAUAUAACAGUUAGAGGAUGUCACAGUGAUUGGAUGAUUUUUUCUUGAACAAUAGUAUUACGAACACAGCACAAAAAAAAAUUGCUUUGUUGUGGGAAACCAUUUUAUUUAUUUAUUAGUGUAUGUAGUGACGCAACAAAAUUUAUUUGUCUUGCCAAAACCCUAAGCCAAACAAAACACAUUUGCAAGAGGUUUUCAUUUAUUUUGACACCUUUUCACCAUUGCAAAAAAAAAAAAAAAUUGGAUAAUUUAUUUUACAUUUUUUUCCCCAAUUCGGAAGGCCACCGACUUAUUAUGAAGAAAAGGCAAAUGCAAAACUACAAUUCUAAAAUAUUACUAUUAAAUAACACUUAACAUUUUGAACACCAGCAAAGCACAAUACAGUGUUUUUAUUUCAUAUAUUUUGCAAUGCUGGACCACCGCUGCAAAACGAUUGCCAACAAACAUUAUAAACUGCCAAUUACUAAAACGUUGAAUAGGGGUUUUAAUUUAAAACAAGGGAUGCUUCACACUGCCAUGUAGCUUUACGCUAAUGCUACAUUCAAGUGCCUAGCCACAUUGGAAAGCGUAUAUAUGUCACAACUCUCUUAGAUCAUGCUGCAUUAAAAGGACUUCAGGAUCCCACUGCUGUGCCACCACUGCUGAGAGAAAUCCUAAAUGAAUCAUUGUUCAGUAUAAAUUACUGUGCUUUUUCACUUAUUCGGCUAAAAAUACUGUGGGUAUAAGUAUAAGCUAUCUGGUGCUCCGCUAUCUUAGUUUGCUAUGCUCUAAACCUCUCCAAAUGAUGUUAAAUAGCCUUUAUAACCAGUGUUCACAGCAGUAAGCACUUCAAACUCCAUUUACUCUGAAUACAAUGUGACCAUUGAUACAAAAUGCCCGGAAAUUCUAACACAAAGUGGGCGUGGCAGAGAAUAAGGUGGAUAGAACAGGGGCUUGGGGAGGGGGGUGAUAAUACACAGAUAGCACACGGUUCUAGGUCAGAUCCAGAAGAGUUACUGGUCAGUUCUAGAAAUGGCCCAGCUGUAGAACCCACAUUUCGGUUCUGUCUGGCAUUUGAACUGUAAUUUAUCGCUGCUGUCUGUCUGGGCAGGAUUAAAGUGGUAAGUGUGGGCUGAGCUGGGCCGGGACUCGUUUGCUAUCUGGGUAGCGUGUUUGACAGGUAAUCGAUCUGGAAGCCGACACAUUCUCACUGAGGGGAACGGCUUUGAUUUUUUCUUUUUUCCAGACCAAAGUUGGGCCAAAAAUAAUGUUGUGUUGUUUUUUUUUAAAUGAAACAAAUGAAAUGAAACAAAUACAACUUCAUUUGCCUUGA